GGCGAGGCGGGAGCUCAGCCACCGGGUACCCAGGGUCGCCAGCGGGAGGGGCGGGCUUUGGAGCCGGGUCCGCGGGGAGGGGUCCGCGGCGGGCUCGCCCCCCAGAGGGGGCUCCCCGCAGGUGUUCUGGGUCCCUCCCGCUCCCCCUCUCCCUUUUUGUCCCCCCGAUUCCUGUCCCCCGCAGCGUCCGCGCAUGCAUUCGUUCGCUGAGCCGCUGGGGCAGGCGUUGUUGGAGGCGCUGAAGUCCAGCCGCGAUCAUGGUGGCCAGGAAUGCCCGCCCUCGGGAGCCUGGGAGCCCCCGGUUUCGUGGGGGGACACAGACCACGCACCGCCGACGCCGUAUUUGAGUAACUUACCGUGUUGGAAAGUGGUCGAGUGCUAGUGAAAAGAAUAGAGCAAAGGUAAAAGCCAGGUAACACAUCGGGAUCGGAAGGAGAGAGUAAGUGGCAAUCUUAGGGGGGCCGCGAGAGUCUGGGGAAGAUGACAUACAAGCCAACGCUUGGAAGCGAGGUCAUCUGCCCUGAGGAUUGCUUGAGGUGGAGGGGCGGCCGGUGCAAAGGCCCUGAGGCAGAAAAGAGAGGUCCGUGUGAGUGAGGACGGCUGAACGAGGAGGAGAAGCGUGGGAGCGGUACUCGGCACGCCUGUAGGCAUGCACGCCCGGGCAAGACCCGCUUUCAUUCUGAGUAAGCGAAUGGGAAUGGGCGCUCCGCUGUGUGCAGUAAGCCGGAGGAGACUGGCAGGUUUUACGCGGAGAUGAAAUAAUCCAGUUUAUGGCUUAAGCACAGUACUCUGACUGUCGUAUUGAGAAGAGGCAGAAGGGAAGGACAGACGCGGGGAGACCAGUGAGUAACAGUGGGGAGCAAGGCAGAGGAUGGCGGCUUGGACCAGGAUGGGAGCUGCGGAGGUCCUAGUCCUGACACGUAGUGGUUUCAGUUUGUCUCCCUGGGCCACUCUUCUCCCAGAGAUCAUGCCCAGCAGUUACUUCUGUUUGCUGUGUUCACUGUCCUCUUUUUCCCUUUUCAUGGACUAUUCAGGAAAACAAGAUGUGAGACCACAGCUAGCUGAAUGCUGCUGAUGAACCCCAAAUCCAGGGCCCUGUGUGACACUUGAGGCCAUGUAGAAGCUGCCCUGUGGGUCAGCAGGGGCCCUUUGGUUGGCAUCUCCCAGGCCACGUCCAAACUUGUUGUCUGGGCAAAGCCAGAACUAACUUUGGGAGUUUGACCCAAGCAGCAGGGAAGAACCUGGACUGCAGUGGAAGACUGUAGAGAAAGCUGGGUGAAAAGAUGCAGCAGGUGAUGGUGUCACACAAGAGUCCAGGCCCACUACGCCAGCUGCCUGGGACCCCUGAGGCUGAGCUGCAGGAAAGAGGUGAGGACGGAGGACGGCAAGCCAGGCACAGCCCAUGCCGGCACCUGGAUUUCAGACUUCCAGCCUCCAGAACCGUGAGAACCUUGCCAACCCCUCCACGUCCUGCCUUUGCCAAAGAGGGAAGCCGAGGAGACCGGCCAGGCGCAAAGACCGCACCAAUGAGCCCGGCCCAAGACUCCAUGACGUUUGAGGACGUGGCCGUGUGCUUCAGCGGUGGAGAGUGGCAGUGUCUGACCCACGCUCAGCGGCACCUCUACGCGGACGUCAUGCUGGAGAAUUACGGGAACAUGAUCUCGGUCGGCUUUGCAGUCCCUAAGCCGCCUCUGAUCUCCCACCUGGAGCAGGGGGCCAAGCCCUGCAUUCAGGAUCUGCAGGACUGGGGCUUCCUGACCUGCUCCUUCCCAGUAUCCGCGGACAGGACCUGGCCUGGGAAUGAGAAGGCAAGUUCAGAACAGGAGGUGUUCGACCGCGGCGACGUCUGCCGGGUCCGAGUCGAACGUCUCCUGAAAGCCCUGUCCCAGGACGAUGAGGCUGGAGGAGCUGGUGUCCAGGAUGUCAAGUUAGAGAAUCCACGGGAUGCGCCCGGGGUGGAGACACUGGGAGAGGAGAAGGUGACCCGCAACGAAGGAAAGACCGGAAAAAACUUCGGUGCAGCCCCGAAGCGUGUUCCACAGUACGGAGUCCUCCCAGAAAGGCAGCCCCACCGGUGUGCCGACUGUGGCAAGAGCUUCAGCGGCCGUGCAGCCCUGGUUCUCCACGAGCGUGUGCAUUCUGGCGAGAAGCCGCACGCGUGUCGCGAGUGCGGGAAAGCGUUCAAGACCAGAAGCCAGCUGUCCGUGCACCGGGUCACCCACACGGGGGAGAAGCCCUUCGGCUGCGCCCAGUGCGGGAAGGCCUUCGGCAGCCGAGCCGCGCUCUGCCGGCACAGGAAAGCGCACAGCGGGGAGAAGCCGCACGCGUGCGGCGCGUGCGGGAAGGCCUUCGAGAGCAGGAGCCGGCUCCGUCUGCACCAGCUGGUGCACAGCGGGGAGAAGCCGCAUGCGUGUGCCGUCUGCGGGAAGGCCUUCCAGCUCAAGCACUGCCUCACCCUCCACGCCAGGACCCACACCGGCGAGAAGCCGUACGCGUGCGGCGCGUGCGGGAGGGCCUUCCGCGGGAGCUCCGACCUCCGCAAGCACCUGCGCAUCCACACCGGGGAGCGGCCGUACGCGUGCGGCGCGUGCGGGAGGGCCUUCCGCCGGAGCUCGGACCUCCGCAAGCACGCGAGGACACACGCGCGGGGGCCGGGGCGGCUGCGCGCAGUGUGGCCAGGCCUUCGGCAGCCCCGCGGAGCUCCGGCGGCACCGGAGGAGCCACGCGCCGGAGAAGCCGUACGCGUGCGGGCAGUGUGGGCGCGCCUUCCGUCAUAAGUGCAGGCGCCGGGCUCACGAACGCGCGCACCGCGGGGACAGGCCGUACCCGUGCGCACAGUGCGGGAAGGCCUUCCAGGACCGGCACUGCCUCGCUGUCCACCAGCGCGUGCACACCGGCGAGAAGCCCUUCGCCUGCUCGCAGUGCGGGAGAGCCUUCCGCGGGAAGUCCAACCUGACCAAGCACCAGAGAAUCCACACCGGGGAGAAACCGUACGCAUGCGAGGCGUGCGGCAAGGCCUUUCAUCACAGCUCCGUCCUGACGCAGCACAGACGCAUCCACAGCGGGGAGAAGCCGUACACCUGCGGCCAGUGCGGCACGUCCUUCCGCCAGCGUGCGGCCCUGCUCGGGCACCAGCGGGUGCACAGCGGGGAGAGACCCUAUGAGUGUGAGCAGUGUGGAAGAGCUUUCCGGGUGAGCGCGAACCUCACGGGACAUAAGAGAAGACGACACGGAGGAUGGCGAGCGCAUGCACUCGACAAGAGUGGGAAAGCCCUCUCCCCGGGACCUGACUGGCCGUCUCAGUAGCCCGUGCUCGGCCGGCAGCCCCUGGGGAAGCUGUUUGCACGUUCCCGUUUCUGCUCCGGAGCCCGGCCUUGCUGUGCGGAGACUUCCAAUCAGCAGUUAUAGCACCGAAUACUUCCCAGUGCUUGCCACGUGCCGGCCACUCUUCUCACGGCUUUGCAGUUUUAAUUCCUUUAAUCCAUAAGACAUCCCGACAGGAUGAGGAAAUUAAGGAGGACAGCGGCGCAGGGUCAUAUAGCUAAUAAGUUCUGCACAAAUGCCUCCCAGGGGCUCAGGCCCGCGCCGUUCCCGAAGGCCGGCAGCACACCUCUUAGAUGGGCGGCUGCAACUCAGUUCAGCUCGGAGCUUGGUUUAGUUGAUAAAAUACUGAUCCUUUUUACCAAGGUUUUUCUGUUUUGUUUUAACUUAAAGACUGGAUGGAACUUUUCCAUGUGGGUUCAGGAUUGCUGAGAUCGGGCAGAUUUAGAAAUUACCGAUAAGCAGGAUUCAGCUCUAUGCUGCUCCAGUAACCGUUUACAUAUGGAAAGAGCAUGAAACCCACCUCACUUUGUUAUAAAUACAUCAAAAUGUGCAUGUGUUGAUUUCUUAAAUAUUUACUGUAUCUAUUUUCAUGACACAUGAAAUGCUCUUUCAAAUGUAUGAGAAGUUUGCAUCUACCUUUCCAAGUCUUUCAGUAUCUCUUAACAUACACCCUUUCAAAUGUUACAAGCACUUUUUACAGACAGAAUUAAAUACAGUCAACAAGGCUGUUAACUAGAGACUGGAAAUCCUAGGGGCGCCUGGGUGGCUUAGUUGGUUAAGCGCCAGACUCUUGAUUUCGGCUCAGAUCGAGAUCUCGGGGUUGUGAGCUGAGUUCCGCUUAGUGGACAGUCUGCUAGAGAUUCUCUCUCCCCCUCUCUCCCUCCAGAAAAAAAUUUUUUUAAUCCUAGAAGAAGAUGCAAAUGUGUCAACCUAAUUAAUAUAAUGACCAUAAUUGAGAAUUAAGUUUAGUCCUAAAUUCCUCAGCUGGUAAAAAAAAAAGAGAAAGAGAGAAGGAUGAGCAGUGGGUUAUCCAACAUUUCUCAAAGGUGUUUUACAAGUCAAAGCUUUUAAAAUAAUAACUUUAGGGACCGUGAGCUACGUGGGUUUUUAAAAUUCCCUUAAAGACUUCUCAGAGUUUAAAAUAUGCUCCUCUAAAUCUUAAAGGAGCAAUAAAAACCACUGCUUUCCAGAGUAAUUGACCACACAGUCCUGUUGGAAGCAUUUUCCUGGGCUCCUGUUUCACAGAAAACCUUUUGGGAAAUGGUUAUAUGCUAUCUAAUACUGAAAACAAGGUGUCCAAGAGGUGUGAUUUUCUAGUAACAAAUUCCAGAGGGGAGUACAUGGUUUCUUAUUUUUAAAAAGGGCAGACUGAAACAUUGUCCCUUAGGCUGUUUCUGCAGGAAAUGCCGUGUUCGUUAUGUGACCGUUUCUCUCAUAGUUUGGCGAUGAAAGCCGAGAUGGAAACUUUGAAGACAUAACUCCAUGAAGUUGCCUCUGGAGGACGAAGUUCUGGAUAUGUGGCUUUCCGGUGAGAAAACAUGACAUAAGGGCAGAGUUCAGGAUGUGUCUGGACAACUGACAGUGGUUUUCCGAUUAUUUUUGAGGAUGAGAACCCCUUGUUUGGUCGUCGACAAAUCUGAGCCACGCAUGCACACACAGCAAUAGUUCUUUAACGCUCGACAGAAUAUUGUCGUGCUUUCCUAGAAAAUCGGAGGUUUUGUGUCUCACGGCCACACGUAUAAGCUUUUAGAAAACGCAUAUGCGUGCUCAGAACGUCUGUUUUGCCCACAGGCUGCGGUGUGCUUUCGGACUUCAGACUCAGACUCAUCCCAGCUGGUGAACCUGACAGCCAGCCCUUCGUGUGGCCUGUGCCGUCGUUGUAACAGAGCCCGGACCAGCCUCGAGGGUGGGUGUGCCGCUGACCGGAGAGCUCACCUCUUCAGACACCAAUUAGCGGCAGGGGGUAGCAGGCCCACGUUCUGUUGUGAAACGUGAGAGGCCUCUGUGUGGAGCCCAAAUGGGAGCAUUCCAGACGCAUCCUCACCCGUGCGUCGUGCACGUGACCACCGUCUCCCUAGAACAUUGCUGUGGUGCAGACACCUGCUGUGAAGACUGCCUACGAACUCUCAGUCCUGCGUCUAAAACGAGUGUUGUGCGGUCGGUAGGGGGGGUGGGGGAUGGGCUAGAGGGGGGACGGGCACUAAGGAGGGCACCCGCCGUGAGGAGCACUGGGUGUUGUGUAAGAGACGGAUCACUGAAUUCUCCUGAAACCAGUACUUCACUGCAUGUUAACUAACUGGAAUUCAAACAAAAAUUAAAUAAGUAAAUACUAAAAUGAGCGUUGGGGGGAAACACUGAAGAAAGUUCAGAUAUUUUACCUGUGGGAAAAGUCUACAUUUAAAAGGGGUCCAAAGCUGGAGUAAAGUUUGCUAUAGGUAGUAAAUUCGGCAGGAAUACCGUGGAAGGAGUUCAAAGAUGAGAUGCAUAGUUGAAUAACAAAACAUGCUAGUAUUUCUUAAAACCCUAAGAUGUUUGUAACUAAUUCUGAAGAGUUACCGAAACUAGAGUCAUUGAUUUAGUUAUAAUUUACUUAAAAACUCACCAGGUAACACACUUUUUUAACUUGAUUACCUUAAUGCAAAAUCUGAGAAAACUGUCACUCUGAGCAUUGAUAGAAUGAGAUUUUCACUUUACCUUCACAACGGAAGUAGAGAAUGCCCACUUCUCUCGGUUUUACAAAGCAGAACAAGAUAGAGGUUUCAGAUUUUGAGCCACCAUGAACAGAAACGUCUUUCUGUAGCUUCUGCACAGUUGAGGCCCUGCUAUCCUUACCGAGCAAGGUUCACCCAUGCCUCACAAGAUAGUCUUUCAGAGUUUUCAAGACAAAUCAAGCACUUCUUCUUCCACAAGGCAAAAUACCUGAAAUUUCUUUAGUGCUUUCUCACGGUUUAUUUUAAAAUGUUCAGGAAGCAGAUUCCUGGAGUUGCUGGUCCCCUGGGGUUUCCCGCUGCAGGACUGAGACCGUCGGCAGUCUUCACAGCCGGUGGGCACGUGCAAGAUGGGUUUGUGAGGGUGAUGUCUGGAGUCCUGGCCUUUCCUUCUGUUCACCGCUCUACUGUCUGUCCUUACACCAAUGCCAAACUGGUUACUUACCAUAGCUUUAAAAUACCUUUUCACCUGGUAGAGUUAGUCCUAUUUCUUUUUCUUCUUCAAGACCGACUUGCCUGUUCUUGGUCAAGGCUGUAUUUGUUCAUGCACUGGAAGACUCAGUGUUACAAAGAUGUCAGUUCUUCCCAAAAUCGAUCAACAGAUUCAUUGCAACCAACCUAAAUAAAAAUCACAAGAGUGCAUUUUUGUGGAAAAUGACAAA